AUGCCUCGUUUUGAAGAAGAUAGAAAUAAAAUUAAAAUUGUUUCUUAUGUUGCGGGCAAAAAAGGUUUGUUUUAUCCUGUGAUAGGCCUAGGUGUUGUUGAACUAGGAGAAGAAGUAUGUGCCUUUGGAUCUUUCAAUGGUUACCUUUGUGGAAAAUUAGUGGAAACAGGAUCAAGUUUAGAAAUAAGUCAAGAAAAUGCAAAUUAUACGUUUGCGGGUAUGAAUAAGGUAGAUUUAGGAGAAGGUCAUGGAUUUGAUAGUGAAAGAGAUUUAGGUGGUCCAGUCUAUGUGACAAGUAAUAUUGGAGAACGCACCAUUGCCCAAGCUUUAGUUAAUAAUUUCUCCCAACCCCUUUCCGAAACUGAAUUAGAAAUAGGAAAAAAUUUUUCAGAAAUAGUUAAGCGUGGUGAUAAACUAAUUCUUUAUGGUGGAAUGAAAAUUACGGCAGUUUCCGUAGAUAAAGGAAAGUCAAACCAACGAGAUUGUACUCUUUCUUUCCCAGUAUAUCGAGUUGAUGAUAGAGAAUUAGGAUUUUUAACUUCUUAUGCUUGUGCCGAGGAUAAUAUUAUUGUAGGAACAACUGAAGUUGAUACUAUUAGUCGCAAUAUUUCCUAUUCUCGCUGUGUUAAAAGUGGACGAGGUAUUGUUGAUGUAGAUGAACCUUUACCAAUAAUCCCUUUUCCUAGCCAACCCCUCGCGGUAGGAGAUAAAGUCUAUGCUCACGGGGGAGUUAGUGGGACAGUACACGGAGUGAUUUUGAAAAUAAGUGUGAAAAUACAAACAAAAACUAAUCCUCCUA